AUGGCAGAUGCGAAACCGGUGUCCAUUCCAGCAGAUCCGAGCGUGAGGUUGGGCAAAUCCAUGGGUCCCAACGGUCCGGAAGAAGAAGCUGAAAUGAAGAAGGUGCCAUUCAAAGAAGCGGUGGGAUGUCUGUCGUUCACGGCUCAAGUAACUCGCCCGGACAUUUCCUAUGCGGUCAAUGCAGUGAGUCAAUUUUGUUCGAAUCCAGGACGACAGCACUGGGAAGCAGUCAAGAAAAUCAUCCGCUACUUGAAGGGUACUACAACGAAUAAGCUGGAGUACAGCAAGCGUGGAUCAUCUGAGCUGGUCGGUUUUAGCGAUGCCGAUUGGGGAGGAGAUCCGGACAACCGAAGGUCGACGACUGGCUACGUGUUCACGAUGCAGGGAGGAGCCAUUUCGUGGAACGUCAAGAAGCAGCCGACUGUCGCCUUGUCAUCUUGUGAGGCGGAGUACAUGGCUCUGUCUCGAACCAUACAAGAGGCCAUGUGGUGGACGAACUUGCGGUCGCAGAUUUUCGAGGAGGAACCAGUGCUGAUUCAUUGCGACAACCAGGGAGCAAUCAGCAUCGCUGGAAACGGAGCAUACAACCCCCGAACGAAGCACGUGAGCAUUCGUUACCACUUCGUGCACGAGAGUCUGAAGGAAGGAGCGGUAAAGGUGAAAUACAUCCCGACGACGGAUCAACCAGCUGAUGGUUUUACGAAGCCUUUGGCCGUACAGAAGCAGCAGCAGUUUUGUAAACUCGUAGGCGUCACGGAUUAG